GUUCGCACGCUAGUUCAAACUGCCGGCAUUUUUGUACUGCGCCGACGAAGUGUAGUUUGUGUAAUUUUCUCGUCUCGUAUUUCGUCGUGAAUCAUCCGCAGCAAGCACACCAUGCCUCUGGAACUACAAAAACCCGCACCCGCCUUCUCCGGCACCGCCGUGGUCAAUGGACAGUUUAAAGAAAUCAGCCUCUCGGAUUACGCCGGCAAGUACGUGGUGCUGUUCUUCUAUCCGCUCGAUUUCACCUUCGUGUGCCCGACGGAAAUUGUCGCCUUUUCCGAUCGCGUGAACGAGUUCCGGCAGAAAAACUGCGAGGUGAUCGCCUGCUCGACCGACAGCCAUUUUGCCCAUCUGGCCUGGAUCAACACGCCGCGCAAGCAGGGCGGUUUGGGUGAGCUGCAGAUCCCGCUGUUGGCGGACAAAUCGAUGAAGAUCGCCCGGGACUACGGGGUGUUGCAGGAGGAAACCGGUGUUCCAUUCCGCGGUCUGUUCAUCAUCGAUGGCAAGGGUAAUUUGCGCCAGAUGACGGUAAAUGAUCUUCCGGUUGGACGCAGUGUUGAUGAAACGCUGCGCCUGGUAGAGGCGUUUAUCUUCACCGACACGAACGGUGAGGUGUGCCCGGCAAACUGGAAGCCAGGCAGCAAGACGAUGGUUGCCGAUCCGCACAAGUCCAAGGAGUAUUUCAACGCCGUCAACUAAAUUGGGUCGAACCAUUCGAGGCUGCAGCGUGGAGUGUUGGUUAGCCAGUAGAGUCUCUUCCUUUAUCGUCACUGUAACAUGUUAACGAAAGAAUCUAUCUCAUUCGGUUGGCGUUAUCAUCAUCAUCCCGCCGGUGAAAACAUGCGCGAGCGAGCGUGAAGUGGCAUCAUACCCCUUUCCCUGUCCGCAUCGAUUCCAUUUUCCACUCAAAAAAAAAAACCUCCUUAUGAUCAGCUUCAGCAGAACAAUAUCAUGCAGGUAGAACCUGGGAGAAAAGCGCUCUAAAAGAGAACCAAGCCAAUAAGCUAAGGAAACCAAUCGGAAAGUAUAAUACGAAUAUCAUGUAAAACCCAUGAGCUGAGAGCAAUAAAAUGGAGCAAAAGUAUUGAUUAUUUUGUAGA